AUGAGCGCAGCACAAACAAUGGCAACCUUGGCUGAAAGCGCUCGAGAAACGGAGCGGAUCGAGCGCGAGCGUUUGGAACGAGAGCCAUCUUUCGUGACUGCGAUGUCGUCUUCACCCGUUGACUCUCCUCCGACUGACACUGAAGAAGAUUCGUGUCUUCCCUCGUCUUUAGCGGUGGAAGGCCGUGUGUUCCGUCGAUUGCAACGUUUCCAAUUGCUGGCGUCGGAGCUUAAGGCGCAGUCUGACAUGGUCACAACGUACUUGCUGACACCGAAAGUGCGUCUUCACGUGUUCGAGCAGCGGAAACAUUGGUGGCAGCAUCCGCUCCAUUUAGCGAAAGCUGGACAGGGGACAUUCAUACUUGGGCGCCAGCUUCUGAAGGCCAUAUUGAAGUAUUUGCUGCUGUCCCAUGCAGCUAAUAACUCACUCCGUGACGCACAGCAACUGGCAGAAGCACUUAUACUCAGUGGGUUUUUGUCUCCUGCACAUGAAGCACCGAACGUCGAUGAUGAACCUAUUGAAGAGCUCUACAUAUUCGAUGACAGCUACUACGAGCUGGUGGCUCCAGGAGCCACGGCGGUUCCGUCGCUAGAAUCUGAACAUUCACUCUCUGUCUGGGCACUGACGGACGGUGCAACUCGAGCAGGUCGUUGCUACGCGGUAGUAAACAAGACGAAACACCACUCGCUUGUGCUGUUCGAGACGGAUGUGGCAAGACGUGAUCUCGUACGUAUUCUCGUGCUGCAGAGCAAACCUGAGCAGGAGCAGUGGCUUGUCGCAUUAAUAGAUGCCGGUGCUGCGUUCUUGGAGACACAUGCUGCCAUUCUCUCGUUCGCAGCCUCUACAGCUUCGUUGUAUUCGCUUCGUGAUACAGACGCAAGUGGCAACACUUUUUGCCUGUCGGAGUUGCGUGGUCAUGUGGCCUUGCUGACGAACGUAAGCAGUGGUACUUGCAGCUCAAACGCCAAACAACUUCAGCAACUUGAGGAGUUAUCGUCGAAAUAUGUAGACGCCGGUCUGACAGUAGUGGCGUUCCCUAGCGCGCAGUUCGGAGAUGGGGAAUUUGGCAAUGACGAGGAUCUCGUGGAAUAUUUCCACGAACUGUUUGGAGUCAACUUCCCAGUUUUAGCCACACGCGACGUGAACGGCCCCUCUGCACGCGACGCAAUGCUCUUCUGCAAGACACGACUGCCUGGUGCUGCCAAAUCCGCAGCUAACGCAUUCAUUGAGAACAACUAUGUCAAGUUUCUUGUUGGCCGCGACGGCCACCUAUUCAAGCGCUACGGUGCGUGCGAUUUACCUCUAAGCAUGGAAACAGAUAUCCAGAACCUGCUACAGGCAACACCGCCAGAAUCGAGACCCUGA